AUGACCGUGUCAUCUGCAGCUCUGCGAUCGAUCAGCAUCUCAUGCAAAGACAGCUUUGAUGGCGUUAACGGAUCAGCUAGAUUCUCCUCCUGUCCUCGUUCAGCUCUUGCUUCAGUCAGUGGUCUCAUUACAGCCCGUCUAGCAGGUGAGCACCACCCUGCUCGCGCAACCAUCGAAGUGCACGUCCGCCAGCUCUCAUCAGUGCCAGGAACUGCAGAUAAAUUUCGAUACGAGAGAUUGUAGUUGAAACAUGACACCUCCAAAGGAAUAU